AUGAGGUUUGUCUAUCACGAUCGCAAAUAAAAUCGUGCGGUGAGCACAAAUUAUCAUAAAAACUCUGGUCAAAACUGACCUCUCAUCAUCAGAACCUAGAUAGAGAUCCUAUGAAGCUACCAAUAUGUUAUACUGCAGGGUAGGCCUACAAAUGUACUGUCUCAGAUUGUUGUUGACCAAACAGCACUCAUCUGAUCUAUGUUUGUGACUGUCCAUGCUGUGCUGUGAUCUCCCCAGGCCUGUUCCACAGAGCUAUCAUCCAGAGUGGCUCAGCCCUGUCCAGCUGGGCCGUCAACUAUCAGCCUGUCAAGUACACCCGCAUGCUGGCCGAGAGGGUGGGCUGCAAUGUGUUGGACACCCUGGACAUGGUGUCCUGCCUGCAGAAGAAGAGUGCCAGGGAGCUGGUGGAGCAGGACAUCCAGCCAGCCCGCUACCACGUAGCCUUCGGCCCCGUCAUCGAUGGUGACGUCAUCCCCGACGAUCCCGAGAUCCUGAUGGAGCAGGGCGAGUUCCUCAACUAUGACAUCAUGCUGGGCGUCAACCAGGGGGAAGGGCUGCGCUUCGUGGAGACUGUGGUGGACCUAGAGGACGGCGUGUCUGGCAGCGACUUUGACUUUGCCGUGUCGGACUUCGUGGACAGCCUGUAUGGCUACCCGGAGGGGAAGGAUACUCUGAGGGAGACCAUCAAGUUCAUGUACACGGACUGGGCUGACAGGGACAACCCGGAGACCAGGAGGAAGACAUUAGUCGCCCUGUUCACUGACCACCAGUGGGUGGAGCCCUCGGUGGUGACGGCUGACCUGCACGCCCGCUACGGCUCACCCACAUACUUCUACGCCUUCUACCACCACUGCCAGAGCCUGAUGAAGCCUGUGUGGUCGGACUCGGCCCACGGAGACGAGGUGCCCUAUGUGUUUGGCAUCCCCAUGGUGGGAGCCACUGACCUGUUCCCGUGCAACUUCUCCAGGAACGACAUCAUGCUCAGCGCUGUGGUCAUGACCUACUGGACCAACUUCGCUAAGAGUGGGUGAGUACAGUACCCUGAGACCUGGUCAGACUCAGACAGGAUCCAUUCUGUCAAUCCCAAAUCAGGCUUGAUUGUGGUAUGCUUGUAUAGUAAAACUUCUUUCACAUCAUUUCCCAUUUGUGUCCCUGUAUUUGCCUAAAAAGUAUUCCUAAUCAUAUGUAAAUGUGUAUUGAAGCCUGUGCAUAAGAACCAAUAUUUAUAGACAUACAGAUGCACUUCACAUGUACAGUGCCUUCAGAAAGUAUUCACACCCCUUGACUUAUGUAGAGUCAAUAAGUAUUCAAUCCCUUUGUCAUGGAAAGCCUAAAUAAGUUCAGGAGUAAACAUUUGCUUAACAAGUCACAUAAUAAGUUGCAUGGACUCACUCUUUGUGCAAUAAGAGUGUUUAAUAUGAUUUUUGAUUGACUACCUCAUCUCUGUACCCCACACAUACAGUACAAUUAUCUGUAAGGUCCCUCAGUCGAGCAGUGAAUUUCAAACACAAAUUCAACCACAAAGACCAGGGAGGUUUUCCAAUGCCUCGCAAAGAGGGCACCUAUUGGUAGAUGGGAAUAAAUAAAUAAAAAAGCAGGCAUUGAAUAUCCCUUUGAGCAUGGUGAAGUUAUUAAUUACACUUUGGUCGGUGUAUCAACACACCUUAUCACUACAAAGAUACAGGCAUCCUUCCUAACUCAAUUGCCGGAGAGGAAGGAAACCGCUCAGGGAUUUCACUAUGAGGCCAAUGGUGACUUUAAAACAGUUACAGAGUUUAAUAGGUGUGAUAGGAGAAAACUGAGGAUGGAUGAACAACAUUGUAGUUACUCCACAAUACUAACCUAAUUGACAGAGUGAAAAGAAGGAAGCCUGUACAUAAUACAAAUAUUCCAAAACAUGCAUCCUGUUUGCAACAAGGCACUAAAGUAAUACUACAAAAUGUUAUGUUUGAGGCAAAUCCAAUACAACACAUUACUUAUUUUCAAGCAUAGUGGUGGCUGCAUCAUGUUAUGGGUAUGCUUGUAAUCGUUAAGGACUGGGGAGUUUUUCAGGAUGAAAAAUAAACGGAAUGGAGCUAAGCACAGGCAAAAUCCUACAGGAAAACCUGGUUCAGUCUGCUUUCCACCAGACACUGGGAGAUGAAUUCACCUUUCAGCAGGACAAUAACCUGAAACACAAGGAUACAUAUACACUGGAGUUGCUUACCAUGAAGACAGUGAAUGUUCCUGAGUGGCCAAGUUACAGUUUUAACUUAAAUCUACAUGAAAAUAUAUGGCAAGACCUGAAAAUGGUUGUCUAGCAAUGAUCAACAACCAAUUUGACAGAGCUUGAAUAAUUUCUUAAAGAAUAAUGGGCAAAUGUUGCACAAUCCAGGUGUGGGAAGCUCUUAGAGACUUACCCAGAAAGACACACAGCUGUAAUCGCUGCCAAAGGUGCUUCUACAAAGUAUUGACUCAGGGGUGUGAAUAUUUAUGUAAAUUAGAUAUUUGCAAACAUUUCUAAAAACAUGUUUCACUUUGUCAUUUUUUUUUUUUUAAUCCAUUUUGAAUUCAGGCUGUAACACAACAAAAUGUGGAAUAGGUCAAGGAGUAUGAAUGCUUUCUGAAGGUACUGUAGAUGAUGCUCAGUAGAAGGAGGGUUUUGAAUGUGCUUCAAUGAAAAAUGUAGGGCAGUGUUUCCCAACUCCAGUCCUCGAGUACCCUCAACAGUACACAUUUUUGUUGUAGCCCCAGACAAGCACACCUGAUUCAACUUGCCAACUAAUCAUCAAGCCCUCAAUGAGUUGAAUCAGGAGUGUUUGUCUGGGUCUACAACAAAGAUGUGUACUGUUGAGGGUACUCGAGGACUGGAGUUGGGAACACUGAUGUAGGGAAUGCUGAGCCCUUGAGGAGAGACUGACAUUACAUCAACCAGUCUCACAGCUCACAACUGGCCUUGACCAGCACAACUUGCCUGUUGACAACCCCCAUAAUGAAACAAAUGAAAGCUUAAUGUCUUCUAUAUGGGUAGUCAAUCUCUGACCCCUGUCUUCACUGUUUGUUUGCAGGGAUCCCAACAAGCCAGUUCCCCAGGACACCAAGUUCAUCCACACCAAGGCCAACCGCUUCGAGGAGGUGGCCUGGUCCAAGUACAACCCCCAUGACCAGCUGUACCUUCACAUCGGCCUGAAGCCUCGCAUCCGCGACCAUUACCGUGCCACCAAGGUCGCUUUCUGGAAGCACCUGGUGCCCCACCUAUAUAACCUCCAUGACAUGUUCCAAUACACCUCCACCACCACCAAGGUCCCUCCCCAGGACACCACCAACUCCAACGGUAAGAGGACUGGCACCACCAAGCGUCCGCCUGUCUCCACGGCCCACAGCAGUAACGGGGACGGGGAGGAGACGGGUCCUCUGAUCGUGGCUAACCCUAGAGAUUACUCCACUGAGCUGAGUGUCACCAUCGCUGUAGGCGCCUCGCUGCUGUUCCUCAAUGUGCUGGCCUUUGCCGCGCUCUACUACCGUAAGGACAAGCGCAGCCGUCAGGAUGGCCACGGCGGCCCCCAUCAAGCCAGUCCCCAGCGGCAGAGCAACGGCAACGAAGUGAGCCACACCACCAACACCAUCGACGAGAGCCUGUCCCAUCAGAUGACCCAGAGCAGCCAGAUGAACCAGUGUGACACCCUGCAUGACCUCCAUGAUCUCCACGACCUCCAUGACCUUCACGACCUUCACGACCCCCUGCACCUCUCCACCAACAUGGACUACACCAUGACCCUGCGCCGCUCACCAGACGACAUCCCCCUGAUGACGCCCAACAACAUCACCAUGAUCCCCAACUCCCUGAUGGGCCUUCCCAAUAUGCACCCCUACAGCACUUUCCCAGCCGGGUGCAACUCCACAGGCCUGCCCCACUCCCACUCCACCACCCGGGUAUAG